AUACAUAUCGUUCUGUCAUCAUCAUUUUUCUCAUUUUUCCUUUCUCCUUUUCUCCAAAUGAAACGGCCCGCUUGUGCUGGCCAAAGUUGCGUCAAGGGUGGAAGUCCUUGAAAAGAUAUGUGCACAUAAGGCCCCGACAUGGUAGGGUGUGAAAAUUUUUUUAUCAUUUCCAUUAAGAUUCAAUCUUACUUUCUGAAACUUUUGAAUCCAAACCCUAGUACAAAAGAUUGCAAUCAUCAUAUCCUGGGUCACCUUCCAUUGAGUAAAAAAAACGGAAAACAGGGCGAAGUCAAACAGAAAACGAGAAGUAGUUGGGAAAAACAUUCUCCCUGCGCAGUUUACUCCAUGGUUCGUUUUCAUGGAAAUGUAACUGGAUUGACAACAAGGGAAAUGACAACUGUACUGACAAUGAGCUGAAGACACAAUCCCGAGAAGUACGGAGGGUUUUUCAUGGGUUUUAAUUUCUUACAAGUAAGAAAUGGCAGAGUCAGGCAAUACUCCGCAUUUCUUUCUGCUUUCAAAUAAUUAUUUUUGGAAGGGUUUGACAUUCCUUAUUUUCUUCGAAAGCGGGGUUCUAUUAAUGUUAUUUCUCUAGAAAAUCCUCGCUUUCUUUUAUAGAUUCUUUGCCUCUGUGAACGGUUCAAAACUCUUCAGUUUUUCUCCCACCAUCAUCAUUCUUUGUGAAGGGAGAGAGAAUGGCUUCCCUUUGGGCUUCUCAAGAGGUGAGUUAACUUUUUCUUUCCAUCAUCUAUGCUUUCCAGUUGGGUUUCUUGGCCAUUUGGUUUUGGCAAUUUUAAUCAUUUUUCUUUGUCCUUGAAUUGAUGUGCUCUGCUGUAUGUGUCAUGCAUGGAAGUGGAUUCUGAUUGGGUUUCUCGGUAAUAAUAAGAUAGUCCAAUUCUUCUAUGAUUCUUUCAGAAUUCGUUGUCCAGUUAACGAGGAAUUGAGUUGCUUUUUUGCCGGAAUUUUUACGUUUCUUUUGCCCCUUGAAUGGGUUUCAAAGAUUUCUUCAAUCCUGUUAGACCUUCAUAUUGUAGAUUUUUUGUGUUUAGGAGAAAAGGUGUUGUCCAUUUGGAAAUUACUUUUUCAACUAUUAAGAGAAUGUUAAAAUAUUCUUUCUUUUGAAACAUAUCUUCAUAUUUUAUUGAGAUUGCGGAUAUACUUUUCUUUCUUUAAUAGGAAAAUGAAGAAAAAUGGUUCCAAAAGGCCAAAAAAUCGAAUAUAGAAUCAUAGAAUCACAGAUUCACAAUUUGUACAGGAGUCAUGACUAGGGUGUAUGCUUGUUUCUCCCUGUUCAAAACCAGUGGGCUUUGUAAUGGUGGUUUUGCGGAAUUUGCAGCUCACAUGUUCACCAAUUUGUCUAAGAUGCAAAAUAUUAAAUAAAUAAAUAAAUAAGACUAAUAGUUACUCGUCUCUUUUAGCCCAAUUGACCUGAAUACUUAAUCUCUUUUAUGUGAUGAGUAAAUCUGGGAGGGGUGAACUGGGAAAUCAUUACUCACCAAAAUAGCUUCUUGUUGAGCACAGAAUAGAAGGUGUCAUUGUUGAUGGAGGCCUGUGAUCUAUUGCUUUAUCAUAAAACUAAUUCGAGUAUACUUGACCUGAAGCACAAGCUUCUCUGCACCACCUUUGAGCUAGAAUCGGCGAGAACAGAAGCAAAAGAGGAGAUGAUGAGAAGUGAGGAGAAUAUAAAGCAGCUACUGCAGCUCUUGAAGAUAGCUUACCUAGAAAGAGAUGAAGCAAGAGGUCAAUUGCAGAGUCUACUGAACAACGGCUUGCCGUCUGGGCCAGUUAAAAUCCACCCAACACUUCCACAUGCCCAACCUGUAAGCCUUCCUCCUCCAGAAAUCGCAAAAGCAAACUCAUGCUUCAAGAAAUCUGAUAAUUUAUCAGGGGCAUACUACUGCCAUUCCUAUCGUCCAUACCCACUAGAUUGCCUUUUAGACGCAAUCCUCCCCACUCAAUACUUGUCUAAUACAGACAUGUCUGAUUCGGGUACUUUGGGAGCAUCCAAACAAGCUUUUGAUUAUGGGGGGUCUAUGUCGGUGGGUAUUGUCUCUUCUGAAGCAGGCAUGAUUGAUCGAGCUUCCAUGGUAAUUGACAAUCUGGUCAAGAGAAAGCCACUGCCUCAGAAGGGAGGACUCCUAAAGGCUGUAACAGAAGCAGGUCCAUUGCUUCAGACUCUACUUCUGGCUGGACCUCUUCCUAGAUGGCAAAAUCCUCCCCCAAUGCAAAAUUGGCAAAUUCCAGCCAUUCCCAUUCCAAUUGAAGAAGGUGCUGCUGGUUUCGUGGACCAGAAAUCUAUUGUCAGUUUGAACUGCACAUCGAGUACUUCAUACUUGGAGAUCUCUCAUGGAUACUUUCAAAACUCUUCUUCAUCAAUGUCCUCCUCUGCACAUGGUUCUGGCUCAUUCCUGAACAGAGGAUGCCCAUCAUCUGAUGGUACUGAUAGUGAUUUCAUGCAAAAUCAUAUCCCAGCUGGAAAGCGAAGAAGGCUCUAAGGAUAGUAUUAACUUCUGGUUUUUCUCCUUGUUUAUAAAUAUGGAUAUCAAUUGAUGAUGGUGUAACUAGUAAUUGGGAUAGUUAGGUCCUGAUUGGAUAUUUAUUUUUUGUAUAUCCAUUGCUGGUUUUCUUGUUAUGUAAACUAGCGUGAUUAAUGUUACAAAGCAAAACUCUCAUAGCAUUCUUAGGAUGCACCAUGUCAAAAAUCUUUAUACAGUUAUUAGCUCCAUAUUCUUCUUUCUCCCUUGGUCUUCUCGUAUCUCUAAAUUUGUGAGUUGGGCUAUUUUUCAUGCGGCCACAUCCUCCUGGGCUGCCAUUUCUUGUAUAACCUGCUAACUAAAAGUAAUUGUUUUUUCCUCAUUUGAUUUCUGAAAGAGGGCAAAAGCCAAUUUAAUUUGUUGAGUCCAUGCCACUGUGAUCUCAUGUGCCCAAAUAAAACGGCUUUAGUAUUUUAAGUUUCAACAAGGCCAUCCCAACACCCACCUUUAGGUUUAGGAUCUGAUCUACUGCAUUGAUUUUCCAUGAAAUCUCCAUGUUUUUCUAGGACUCGUAACCAUUUUUACUGUGAUAGCAUCAUGCACUCCAUUGUUUACAAGACUUUGCACUCUCUAGCCAAAUUCAAGCCACAAAGAGAAACCCACGCCUUAGCUUGCAACCAACUCAAAGAAAGCCAGAGAAUUCAUGGCCGUGCCAUCAAACUAGGAACCACUAUCCUUGAACCAGACAUUGUUUGCUCAUACUCUGCAUCGAAGGCAUUAUGGGAUGCUUGUAAAUUGUUCGAUGAAGUGCCUAACUGGGACGUGGUGUCGGCCACAGCCACAAUUGGCUGCUUUGCUCGAUAUCAUCAUCAUGAAGAGGCCAUCUAUUUCUUCUCAAGGAUGUUAGCGUUGAAUAUCAAGCCUAACCAGUUCAGCUUUGGUACCGUAAUUCCCUCAUCGACUGCUCUGCAAGACCUUAAUUCAGGCAGGCAACUCCAUGCUUGUGCAAUUAAGAUGGGCCUUGAGUCGAAUGUGUUUGUGGGUAGUGCAGUUGUCGAUUUUUAUGCCAAGCUGACCAGUAUAAAUGAAGCCCAGAAAGCUUUUGAAGAUACCCACGAGCCCAAUGUCGUUUCUUACACAACUUUAAUACGUGGGUACCUGAAGAAAGAGAGGUUUGAUGAUGCUCUUGCACUUUUCCGGAAGAUGCCUGAGAGAAAUGUAGUUUCAUGGAAUGCAAUGAUUAGUGGGUACAGCCAAAUGGGCUACAACGAAGAGGCUGUGAAUCUUUUUGUUGUGAUGCUGAGAGAAGGCACGCUGCCUAAUGAGCGUACUUUUCCUUGUGCUAUUAGCGCAGUUGCCAAUAUAGCAGCUCUUGGCAUGGGCAGAAGCUUUCAUGGUUCUGCGGUUAAGUUCUUGGGUAAGUUUGAUGUGUUUAUUGGGAAUUCUUUAGUUAGCUUCUACGCAAAAUGUGGAAGCAUGGAAGAGAGUCUCUUGGUCUUUAAUACACUUCCCAAGAAAAAUAUAGUCUCUUGGAAUGCUUUGAUAUGUGGCUACGCCAACCAUGGAAGAGGAAUGGAAGCCAUAUAUUUCUUCGAGAAAAUGCAGGACACAGGACUAAGGCCUAACAGUGUUACUCUUCUCGGCCUAUUAUUGGCUUGCAACCAUUCCGGUCUUGUUGACAAGGGCUAUUCAUAUUUCAACAAAGCAAGGGUAGAGGAGCCCGGCCUGCUAACGCCUGAGCACCAUGCGUGUAUGGUUGAUUUACUCUCACGCUCUGGGCGUUUCAAGGAAGCAGAGAAGUUUCUUCAUGAACUGCCUUUUGUUCCAGGAAUUGGGUUUUGGAAAGCCUUGCUUGGCGGCUGCCGGAUCCAUUCAAAUAUGGAAUUGGGGGAGCUCGCAGCCAGAAAGAUACUGGCUUUGGACCCUGAAGAUGUGUCAUCAUAUGUGAUGCUGUCCAACGCACAUUCUGCAGCUGGUAGGUGGCAGAGCGUGUCAAUGAUAAGGAAGGAGAUGCGGGAGAAGAGGAUGAAGGGAGUUCCAGGUUCCAGUUGGAUUGAAAUCAGAAGCAAAGUUCAUAUCUUUGUUACAGGGGAUAGAAACCAUGACCAACACGAUGAGAUUUAUCAAGUACUGGGAUUUUGUAUUCAACAUUUAAGGGAGACUUAUUCUUUGGGCCGUCCUGAGGUGGAGGAUAUAAAACUUUAUUAUCAGUAAAGAGGUUCUUCAUCAAAAAAUAAAAAAUUGAAAAC